UGCAUAACGAUCCGACGUGUCGCUGCCACUUUGCCAUCGUUGUACGUGAGAUGGCACCGUCAUCGCCACCUCACCCGAGCCCGCCCGCCGACUCGCCAGGUACGCCCGGCUUCAGCGGCGACGACGAUGUCUUUGAGCUUGACGACGCCACCGGCCACGUCUUCAUUGCGCCAACGGGCGACCUGCAUGGCGCCCGCCACCUCGUUGCCGACGCGACACCGCCGUACUUUACGAGCUCGGUCGCGCAUGCGAGCGUGACGUCGGAAGACGACGACCACGAGAAGGACGAGCCAUCACCGGUUGUCGCGGCCGCGCCCCGAGCGAGCCGGUACCAUUCGGCGAUCUCGGGCCUCAAGUCGCUCUCAUCCGCACCGUCGCACCUCCUCGGCAAAGGCAAGUACGCCAAAGCGCAACUUCUCUCCAAGAUCCCGUACAAGAAGGCCAAGGCACGCGUCUCGAAUCUGCCACCGCCGACGCUCUGCUCGUCGUGCCCGCCCAAGGCGCCGUCCAAGCUCAGUCUCUACCGGCAAAAGUCGAUGCCGCCGCCCAUGUGGACAUGCAUGUCCUGUCCGCAUGUGCAUCUCUGCGAGUCGUGCUAUCGCUCGGGCGUCCAUGGGCUCGAGGGCUCGGAAGCAAUGGAGACGUACGACGAGCUCCUCUCGGAUCUCAAGUGGAUGAAGGCCUGCAAGGCGUUCACCAAGCCGCUCUUGCUCAUGCUCCGCCACGACAUUUGCAACCACUCGCCGUCCAAGUACCAAUUCAUGUGCGGCUGGCUCGCCGACAUCCUCGGCUCCAAGCCAGUUGCCAAGAUUACGAUGCGCGGUGUGGCCAUGAAGGACCUCCGCCCCGACGUGCGCCAAGCGUUUGUCGCAGCGCUCAUGCCGCUCGUCGCGAACCGCAGCGACUUGGACGUCAACAUCGAGUGGGCUCUAAGCGCCGACGACAACCAGCUCGAGCACCUUCGGCUAUGGAUCUCGGACAAGAAAGGCCGGCGCGAGAGUCCGUUUGACACGUCGCUGUUGACGACCGAGCUCCACGACCAAGAUGCGUCGUGACAGCCAAUGUGCGGCUGUAAUAUACUGUAUAUGCUAUCUACA